UUUGAAUCAAAACUAAAGAUUGCCAUGGAAUACAGUUCAGUGCACGAUUUACAUAGUUUUCGAACAUUGGAUUUUUGAAGUUUAGAAGCGAAAAUGUCUUCCACUUCCUCUUCCUUUUUCGUGUGAAACGCAGCCAAUAUGAAAGCUAAGGGAUUGUUGAAAGAAUAUGAAGUUAUUGGGCGUAAAUUGCCCACCGAGAAGGAGCCACAGACUCCGCUCUACAAAAUGCGGAUCUUUGCUCCCGACAGCAUUGUGGCCAAGUCACGGUUCUGGUAUUUCUUGCGACAACUGAAGAAGUUCAAGAAGACUACCGGCGAAAUCGUUUCUUUGAAACGCAUCUACGAAAGCUCACCGAUCAAAAUCAAGAACUUUGGCAUCUGGUUGCGUUAUGACUCGCGAUCAGGUACGCAUAACAUGUAUCGUGAGUACCGUGAUCUGACGGUGGGCGGAGCAGUGACACAGUGCUACCGGGAUAUGGGCGCCAGACAUCGGGCGCGCGCGCAUUCCAUCCAAAUUAUCAAGGUAGAAUCAGUGGCAGCCAGCAAAACUAGGAGGCCGCACGUCAAGCAGUUCCACGAUUCCAAGAUCCGAUUCCCAUUGGUACAGCGCGUCCACCACAAGGGCAACAGGAAACUGUUCUCAUUCAGGAAGCCAAGAACCUACUUCAUGUAAAGAGAUAGGAGUUAAUAUUUUUGAUGAGUCUGGAGGAAAGUACAGUGGAAAUAAAGUGAUAUUUCCUAAA